AUGGUAAAUUGUCCAAUUUGUUUGGAAGCUGAUAAUGGACUAAUUGCAUUUGCAGCAUUAAAAUGUGGCCAUGUAUUUCAUCGACAGUGCAUUUCAUCGUGGUUAGCGAUUGAUAAAAAUACCAAGAUUUGCCCAGUAUGCAGAAAAUCUGCUAAUAGCUUUCUAACUUUAUAUUUUUUUAGCACGCAAACUGACAAUUAUUCUGAAAGUGAAAAACAAAUGGAGAAAAAAGUGUCAAAAAAACGAAAUAAGAAAAAUUUUCCAACCCACCAACAAUCUAGCAUACAUCACUACGAGCUUCGAUCAAUCAGUCAUAUUUCAAAUACUGGCAAUCCUUAUUGGCUACGAAUUCGACGAUCAUAA